CGCCUUAGUGUCGCGAUGACCCUUGGUGGGGUGAAUCGUGAGUCGUUGCUUGGUGCUCGCGCCUUUUCGCUACGCUACGUGGCACAAUCGCACAGAAUACGCACGACAAUGCGAUCAUAUUGUGAGAACAUGAUUGUUAUCCCUACUGUUUAGAUUCCUCUACUCCUUUUUCGACGUAAACCAAUUAAAUAUAUAUAGAAGAAGAAAAAAAAAGAGAAAAAAGAAGAGAAGGAAUCAUCUGAAUUGUUCGAUCUACGAAUCGCCUAUCCUUGAUGAUCAAGGAAGAGUCCAACGCGACAGUGUGCUUCUUUAAACGACAACAGAAGAUCGCUAGAUUGUAAAGACGCGGGGAGAUCCACACAGGCAAAACGGGGAAAGAGAGCUACGGGUAAGGUUCCGCAGCAGCGACUAUGCGCGUGAUCGAUCGCGCGCGUCUCUACGAUCGACUGGAGAUGUGAUACCGGAAGUAGGCCAGGCAGGGUUGACCUGCGUAGGCGUAUAGGUACAUACAGGGUGCGUGUGUGCGUACGAGAACGACGUGUAAGCCGUAGGUGUGCCGUGUGGGUCCAGGAACCAGCAGUCGUAGAGAUGCGCGUCGCCGUGACGGCUUCCCCGUCGCUGAUGUGUUCAUCAUCGAGGAUUACUCUUUGGUACAAUGCUAUUGUGCGACUGCUUUGCGUUAUUUUGGUCUCCUGUUGGAUUAUUUUUGAUCAACCAGUUUUGGGUUUACCGGAUCCAGAGUUGACGACAGUGGAAGAUUUGUCCGGUAGGGGCUCAAAAAAAUUUGGUGAUAUUUGUGAGGCGGAUAAUGAAUGCGGUUUUGCAGGCUCCUACUGCGCACCGAAAAAAAAAGUUUGUGCUUGCAAAGAAGAAUUUGAAGCUACUAAUCAUCUGGAUAAAUGCGGACAUGCUGCAAACGUGAACGAAUCCUGUUUCUUUCACGAACAAUGCGAAGUACGAGUAAGCGAAACGGAAUGCCGCGACGGUCGAUGCAUCUGCCUUUUCGAGAAGAUUCCGAUGGUACAACCUGACGGUAUAAUCUGCGUUGCCGAAGUUAAAGAGCCAACCAGCAUCCGAUAUAUUGAUCCGGCCAUGAUCGGUGUUCUUGUUGGUAUGGCACUGAUGUUUAUUAUCAUUUGCGUCGUUCUAAGACUCUUCAGCAAAGCUCGUUGGCGGGAAAAUCGCACCAUCUUUAAUACACCUAACGCAAGAUUGAUGAACGUUUCGUUGUUGAGAGAGAAUAAACUCUUGCAUGCUCAGGAAAGACGUGGUUCAAGGGCGAGCAUACGAAUCCCAUCAAGGCAACCCUCGAUGGUUUCCUUAAGAGCCAACUCACCAAAUGCUUCACAAGGAUCUCCUCGUCGUGGAAGUCCCACCAGCAGUGGAAACGCUUCGGCUAUUUCGAUGAAAUCUAACAAAUCGCCGAAUCAUAUGAACAACAUCACUGAUCCCGUUGUGGAAAACAUCACCGUCGAGAUCUUCGACGUAAAGGCAAAAUAAAUCGUCUUUCCACCGCAACAAAUGGUCCGAUCGACAAUUUCGUUUAUUACUAGUCUUGCAUAACCAACACACGGCACUACAUAAAGAUCGUUAUGUUUAUAUACCUUCAACUCACGAAUAAUUGGUUCUGUCGAUUCAUUUUUAUUAAAUACAUAAAAAAAAAUUGAAAAUUUCAUGUUUAAUAGUUCAAGUAUCAUCGAAAAUUAUUUUGCUUAGAUAAAUCACAAUACUGACGAGUCAAGUGUCAAAAUCUCGAGGUCGAAGCAUAAGUUAACAAUAAUACGCAGAUCUUAUUGCGUUUUUUAAUAACAGUAAAAAAAUUAUUUAGUUAUAGUAAUUACAAAAGAUUUUUUUAACAUGCCUUUUUUGAUAAUUUGAUAUUUUCAUAUUUAAUAAAACAUAAUUAAAUGAUAAUUAUCACAUUAUCAGAAUAUUAAUUUUAAAUUAAUUUUCUGUAUUAUCUUAAUAGAUGUUAUAAAAAAAUCAAUUUAAAAAAAAUACACGCAGCGUGUUGUAAAAUGAUAUAAAUUAUGAGUAAUACGAAUUACUCGAAAACCUAUUGUGCUUUUUUAAUAAUAGCAAAUGCAAAUAAAAAACAUCUUAAUAGAUUAGCAACAAUCGAAUUAUCAUAAAGGCAUCCAAGUUUGAAUUAAUUAUUGAUAUUAACUUGAUGAGAUAUUAAAAUAAGCCGUUUUAAGUAUACAUUUACAUAGUGUCUGAUAAUAAUUGCUCGUAAUGUGCAGAUAUAGCGGAUUAAAUCAAGCAGGAAAGUUUUUUAUCAUUUUUUUGUAUAAUGUUUAAUAAAAGAAUUAUCAUUGAGUAAAGUUUGGCCAAUCAUCGCCGAUUUUUAGCCGGGCGCACAUUGGU